GAUUAGAUCCCAGCACAAGCCUGAACAAUCACACUGUACUGCUCUCCUUCUUCCUCAAGCAUGCCCCAAACCACAUCGUCCCUCCUCUCUCUCCUCCUUCCCUUCUCCUUCUUCUCCUCCUUCUUCUUCCUCUUCUUCUUCUUCUCCCUAACUUCCUCUGUUUCACUUGAUCCCGGCAUUUCUGUCAACAUCGGAACAUGGUUUACCACCACCACCGCCGCCGCAACCGCCUCCUCCUCCGCCUCCUCCACCACCACCGCAACCACCAGUGAGUACACAGCUCUUCAAGCAUGGAAGUCAGCCAUCACAGAGGACCCCUCUGGCAUCCUCUCCUCCUGGGUCGGCCCCAACCUCUGUUCCUACAGAGGCAUCUUCUGCUCUGCGCCACCACCAGAUGGAGGAACCACCGCCGCCACCGACACGGUGGUCUCAGCCAUCGACCUCAACCACGCUAACCUCAAGGGCUCCCUCGUCUCGGUCCUUUCCUCCCUCACCCACCUCUCCAUCCUCCAUCUCAACAGCAACCGCUUCUCCGGCGCCGUCCCCGACUCCUUCAGCGACCUCCACUACCUCACCGAGCUCGACCUCAGCAACAACCUCUUCUCCGGCACCUUCCCUGCCGCGGCGCUCCUUAUCCCCAACCUCCUCUACCUCGACCUCCGCUUCAACUCCUUCUCCGGCGAGCUCCCCGACGACGUCUUCGAGAAGCCGCUCGACGCCAUCUUCCUCAACGACAACCGCUUCCAAGGCCGCAUCCCUGCCUCACUCUGGGCCUCCACUGCAUCCGUCAUCACCCUCGCCAACAAUCACUUCUCCGGCGACAUUCCUCCCACCUUCGGCAGCUACAUGAUAAACUACUCCGGCGUCAGGGAGCUCCUCCUCCUUAACAACGACCUCACUGGCUGCAUCCCCGACGCCGUCGGCUUCCUCGGCGCCAUCCAAGUGCUCGACCUGAGCUUCAACUCCUUGUCCGGCCACGUGCCGAGCUCCGUCUCCUGCCUCGCCGACAUCGAGGUGCUCAAUCUAGCUCACAACCAGCUCUCUGGCGACCUGCCAGAGCUCGUGUGCGGGCUCAAGGAGCUGCUCAACCUAACCGUGUCGUUCAACUUCUUCUCUGGGCUGAGCGCGGGCUGCAACCGGCUGCAGUUCAGUAGGGGCGUGGGGUUUGAGUUCGCCGGGAACUGCAUCGCCGGUAAGGACUUCCAGAGGCCGCCGCUGCAGUGCAGUGAGAUCCCCGGCGCGGGGCUGAGUUGCCUCGGGAUGCCAGCAGCGGCAGCGGAGGCGGCGGCCUGUGGCCGGUUCCUGGGACAGGGAAGCAUUGGGUUUUCGCUGAACUUGUCCGCUUUAAUUCCUCAGCUGCCAUGAUCUCUGUUUUUGUUCAUGGUGCGCUUGUUUGCAGACAGACAUUAAAUGUGGUUGAUUAUCCAUCUUCCUUAAAAAAAAAUUUAUUGACUGUUUUUAUUUAUUUA